GCAUUAAGCAGAAUGUGCUGUGACUCGGAAACCAGUAUAUUUUAUAAUCCCACCCUCUCCAACACCUCUCUCUCUCUCUCUCACACUCUAAGUUGCAGGAUUUGUUUUAAGUCCCUUGUGAGAGUUCUCAUGAAUGUUCACCAAUGGCAACUCCUCUAGGAAAAGUGUUUGAUAAAAUUUCAAGUUUUGCCACACCUUGGAGAAGGAGCAACACUACAACUCCUCAGGGAAGAAGAAUCUUUCAUAGGGAUGUUGAAAGAGAUCAGUUCCAGUAUGGAAAUGGUCAUUGCCUCUCCUCCUACUACAGCGUCUUCGUCGCCCGCCUCGCCAUCAUGGUUAUGCUAGCAAUUUUAAUAGGGCUACUAACCAUACUGACAUGGCAUUUCACAAGGAUCUACACUGCAAAAUCGCUGAGCAACUUAGCAUACGGGCUUCGCUAUGAACUUCUGCAACGUCCUGUGUUAAGGAUGUGGAACAUCUUAAAUUCCACGGCAGAAAUAACAGCAGCGCAGGUUAAGCUCUCGGAGUAUGUGAUCAAACGGAACAGCAACCCUACCAGUCAAGCAGAACAAGUGGAGCAGCUAUAUGAAUCAAUGAGGGCUGUGACGUGGGCAAUGUUCGCGAGCCGUAAGGCUCUCAAUGCAAUCACUAUAAACUACAGAAAUGGUUUUGUCCAGGCAUUCCACAGAGAUCACAGGAGCAACAAUACAUACUACAUCUACUCUGAUCUCGCAAACUAUUCGAUCAGCGCAAGUGGUGCGUAUGAUGCUAAUGCACUGUCAACACAUCAGGCGUGGAGUGAUCACUCCAUACACGGCAACAUUUCUGCAAAAUGGUACCGCGAGCCACUUGAUCCCGUCACAGGGGAGAAGACAGGGAAAGCAACCCAAAUUCAACCGGAUGAUCUGAUCAACAUUGCAGGGCUUUCACAAGUACCGGAUGGUGUGGCCACUUGGCACGUGGGGGUGAGCAAGUAUUCGGAUUCACCACUUCUUUCGGCUGCACUGGCAGUUUCCGACCCUUCAAAUAAAAGAGUAGUGGCGGUUGUGGGUGUUACUACAGCUCUGUACAGUGUAGGGCAACUGAUGAAAGAGCUUGUUGAGUUUCACAGUGGACAUAUUUACUUAACUUCUCAAGAAGGUUACUUGCUUGCUACGUCAACAAAUGCUCCACUUUUGAGGAAUUCGACGAGAGGGCCUAAGCUCAUGAUGGCUGUCGAUUCUGAGGAUCGCAUAAUACACUCAGGAGCAGAAUGGUUGCAGCGAGCCUAUGGUAACAAGUUUCCUCCUAGUCACGAGGUUCAUGUUGAGAAUGCCAGGCUUGGAAACCAGCAGUAUUACAUCGACUCGUUUUUUCUAAAUUUAAAGAGACUUCCUCUGGUAGGGGUUAUCAUCAUUCCGCGAAAAUAUAUAAUGGGGAAGGUAGACGAAAGAGCGUUCAAAACGUUGGUGAUACUGAUAUCUGCAUCCUUUUGCAUUCUGGUGAUUGGAUGUGUUUGCAUUUUCAUACUCACGAAUGGAGUUUCAAAGGAGAUGAAGCUGAGGGCAGAACUGAUAAGUCACCUUGAUGCAAGAAGAAGGGCUGAGGCCUCUAGUAACUACAAAAGCCAAUUUCUAGCCAAUAUGAGUCAUGAACUGAGGACACCAAUGGCGGCGGUGAUUGGGCUGCUGGACAUUAUGAUCAGUGAUGAUUGCCUUACAAAUGAACAAUACUCCACAGUUACUCAGAUCAGAAAAUGCUCGACAGCUCUACUUCGGCUUCUCAACAACAUAUUGGAUCUCAGCAAGGUUGAAUCUGGAAAAAUGGUGUUGGAAGAAGCCGAGUUUGAUCUGGGAAGAGAACUCGAGGGGCUCUUCGACAUGUUCUCCGUGCAGUGCAUUAACCACAAUGUGGAGACUGUUUUAGAUCUCUCUGAUGAUAUUCCGAAAUUAGUUCGAGGGGACUCUGCAAGAGUUGUUCAAAUAUUUGCUAAUCUAAUCAGCAACUCUAUCAAGUUCACUACAUCGGGUCACGUUAUACUUAGAGGAUCAUGCGAGAACUUCAACAUUUCUGGUGACACCAGGAGAAUCCUUCUUGAUCAGAAAAAUUUGUGGCCGUCUCAUAAGGCAAAGCUGAAGCAAAGCAACCAUGUAAAAAAGGCUUCCAACAAGGACGACAACAAAAUGAUUCUUUGGUUCGAAGUUGAUGACACUGGUUGCGGAAUCGAUCCGAGUAAAUGGGAGUCUGUUUUUGAAAGCUUUGAGCAAGCUGAUCCCUCAACAACUCGAACGCAUGGGGGAACUGGACUUGGACUUUGCAUUGUACGAACAUUGGUUAACAAGAUGGGUGGAGAAAUCAAGGUUGUAAAGAAGGACGGGCAGGGUACCUUAAUGCAAUUUUACUUGGUUCUCAAUACGCCUGCAGAUGGCACGGAGCAACAUUGUCAAGUAGAUUUUGCAAAGAAAAAUGUAGUGGUGCUGCUUGCACUACACGGCAGCAUGGGGAGGUUGAUUAUGUCCCAGUGGUUGCGAAAAAAAGGAGUGUUCACUCUGGCAACAUCUGAGUGGAAUGAACUGACACAAAUUCUUCGAGAACUCUUUCAUAACAGGAAUUCAUCUCAUAAAAACAGUUUCGAAAAACAGUAUUCGCUGAGUGAAUCUUUGAGAGGUGAAAUACGAAAUACACGUGACAUGAGGAACCCAGCUUUCGUCAUGGUUGUCGAUAUAGGGCUGCUUGACCUGAGCACAGAUAUAUGGAAGGAGCAGCUUAACUUCCUUGAUAAAUACUCCGGGAAAGCAAACUUUGCAUGGAUGCUGAAUCAUGAUACAUCCAACGCUGUCAAGAUGGAGCUCCGAAGAAAAGGGUAUGUUUUGAUGGUUAAUAAACCGAUGUACAAGGCGAAAAUGGUUCAUAUUUUGGAAACUGUCAUGACAGAGAGAGAUCUUGACACGCAGAGGAGAUCCGCAACCAGUUUGACAAACAGCACAAAAGAAGGUGACUUGCACGAAUGCCUUGAGAUCGAUUCUACUCAUUUUUAUGUUCCCAGUAGCUCUGAUGAUUCUGAUAUAUCUGAAAAGAACGACUCUAAUUCUGAAAACACAUCUCAUGUCGAAGAAAAGCAAAGAGACGGGAUCAUGAAACCUAGUUCCCCGCAGUACCAGGCGGUUAACAGCUGCUUAGUUGAACUCACAAGCGUAUGCUCGAAAGACAAUAAUUCAAGGAAAGAAGACACAGAAGAUACGGAACAUAAAGCAAUGAGCAACAAUCAAGCAUCCCAUGCAACAAAAUCACAAUGUGAAAACUCGGAAGUUCAAGAACAUCGUUCGAUCACCAGCAGUCCUAAAGAGAAUGGUUGUUCAUAUAAAAGUAGAACUACAAAUCAACAGAAAUCUCUCGAAGGCGUGCGCAUUCUACUCGCAGAAGAUACACCGGUACUGCAGAGAGUUGCAACUAUAAUGCUCGAAAAAAUGGGGGCUACUGUGAUUGCUGUGGCUGAUGGACUGCAGGCAGUAGAUGCUCUCAACUGUGUGAACAAAUCAGAAGAUUGUAGAAAGGAAUUUCACUCGAAAGAUGGAGAUACGAACUUGGAUAAUCAAACAUGGGGUUUCCGUCCAUUCGACUUGAUUCUAAUGGACUGUCAGAUGCCGAAGAUGGACGGUUAUGAAGCAACGAAGGCAAUCAGGAGAUCGGAGGAGGGGACCGAUUCGCACAUUCCGAUCGUUGCCCUAACAGCUCAUGCAAUGUCAUCAGAUGAAGCAAAGUGCUUGGAGGUGGGGAUGGAUGCUUAUCUGACAAAGCCAAUUGACUACAAGUUGAUGGUGUCUACCAUCCUUUCACUCACUAGAACAACAACCUAAUUAACUUUCCAACUUAUCAGGCAAAAAUGUAAGCAAAUUUAACAAAGUUUGCUUAGGAAGCCUUUUUGAUGUGUAAUUAGGGAAUAAUACUUGGAAAAUACAACCUAUAACCUUUAAAUUAGAGAUGUAUAAUCCAAUUUUCCUCUUAAUUAUG